AUGGAAUUCUUGGUUGUUGGUCUCUCCGCCAAUUUAAAACAAGUCUGGAGUAACAGACAAUGAUACCUGAGGAUCAAUACAAGUGUAUAGCUUUCGAAGUAUACGAACACACGUAGAGAGUACCGAGAACCAAGGGGAAAAAAUGGAAGUGAGAGCUAGAGCUCCUGGGAAAAUUAUACUCGCCGGGGAACAUGCUGUAGUGCAUGGAUCCACGGCAGUUGCUGCCUCCAUUGACCUCUGCACCUAUGUUUCUCUUCGAUUCCCGAUUCCUUCUGACAAUGAUGACUCAUUAAAACUUCAGCUCAAGGACAUGUCAUUAGAAUUCUCAUGGCCAGUUUCUAGAAUCAAAGAAGUGCUACCUGAAGUAGUGAGUUCAUUGUCUCCAACACCCACCUCAUGCUCAAUAGAGACCAUGAAAUCAAUUGCAGCUCUUGUUGAAGAACAAAACAUUCCAGAAGCAAAAAUUGGACUUGCUACCGGAGUUUCAGCUUUUCUAUGGUUGUACACCUGCAUCCAAGGAUAUAAGCCUGCUACAGUGGUUGUCACUUCUGAGCUUCCUCUGGGUUCUGGCUUGGGUUCAUCUGCUGCAUUUUCUGUUGCACUCUCAGGUGCUCUGCUUGCUUUCUCGGAUUCAGUAAGUUUGGAUAUGAGCCGGCAGGAGUGGUCAGUAUUUGGGGAAAGUGACCUCGAGUUGGUGAAUAAAUGGGCUUUUGAAGGUGAAAGGAUAAUCCAUGGAAAACCAUCUGGAAUUGACAAUACAGUUAGCACAUAUGGCAACAUGAUCAAGUUCAGGUCAGGUAGUUUGACACGCCUUAAGUCCAAUAUGCCACUGAGAAUGCUCAUUACUAACACUAAAGUUGGGAGGAAUACCAAGGCUUUAGUUGCUGGCGUUUCCGAGAGGACCUUAAGGCACCCAGAUGCCAUGAGUUUUGUGUUUAAUGCUGUUGAUUCUAUCAGCAAGGAAUUGUCUACCAUUAUCCAGUCACCAGCCCCUGAUGACCUCUCCAUUACAGAGAAGGAAGAGAAGAUAGAAGAGUUGAUGGAAAUGAAUCAAGGUCUCCUCCAGUGUAUGGGAGUCAGCCAUGCUGUAAUAGAAACCGUUCUUAGGACUACAUUGAAGUACAAGUUGGCUUCCAAAUUAACAGGAGCCGGAGGUGGAGGAUGUGUGCUUACAUUGUUGCCGACCCUGCUAUCAGGAACAGUUGUUGACAAGGUAACUGCGGAGCUGGAGUCAUGUGGCUUCCAAUGUCUGAUUGCUGCAACAGGUGGGAAAGGUGUUGAGGUCUGCUUUGGUGGUUCAGCAUGAUAUUUUUAGUAAGAUCCUAAUGCCAAAUUUACUUCUCAAAAAAAAAAAAAAAAAAAAAAAAAGAUCCCUAAUGCCAAAUAAUGAGCAUGAAAUGUCUGCUUUGAUGUUAUGUCCCUUUGCUGUCUGUACUCUGUAGAAUAAUAAACUAAUUAAACUCCAGGACUUUUGUGGCCUUGGGAGAUGUCAAUCUUGUUGCUCGUGAGUAGUUAAGACAAUUGUAAAAAAUUAAGUGAGAUUUUAUCGCUCUGUAUACUCCUUGAUGGAAACCAGUUUUACACGAAUGGAUUUUUUUGCCCAUGGCAAACAUUUGAUAAGGUUGUCAUGUAACCCUAUGGAUAUAUGUGGCAUUAACAUUGCUACAUGGUGCAGGUUUAUGAAUAACACAAUAUAAAGUUCCAUUA